AUGAAAACAGUCAAUAAAAAUGUAACUUGUGCCUUUCCUAAAUUAACUUGCACAAGUAAAAGAAGUUUAUAAACGUACAAAGUUGACACUCGUUGUUUUGAAGACAUAUUGAGCUUAAGAAGCUGCCCUCACGAUCAAAUCGUGAAUUAUUUAGAGGUCAGUGGUGCUUGCAGAAUCCGGUUUCGUUUUUGCUGUCAGCAGGCCGAGGUAUCACAUGACCCAACUGCGUCCACAUCAAACCAGACACCUGACACACCCUUUGAACAAGUCUCCACCUCGUGCAUCUUGACACCGCUCGACGGGGUGCUGUUAAAAUAAACACUGUUUUGUUGGUGAUUGUAGUCCUGCUCUUGUAUGUUUUCAGCUUCACAAAUGACAGCUUGACAACGGCGACAGUGGGGAGUGACAGGUUUCCAGUACAAGAGAAAUACACGUUUGCAUCUAGWAUACGUGAAUGACACUGUCAGCUUUUCAGUUAGAAAAUUCUUUUCCAUUGUGUUGCCGUUCUGAUGGUCAUCUGACAGUUCUUUAUUUUGCAUUGCUAGUGGCACAUUUUUCUGGUGGGAACUUUGGUUUCUUUUUAGAGACAAUGCAUUUCAGCAUUUUUAUUUGCCCCGAAAAAGACCUUUGAUAUGUGCACUGGUUGUGUAAAUAAAGGCAUCCUGGUUAGUAUUUGAUAAAUGUCACCUGUCUUCAGUCUCCGCCCCUUAUUCAAACCACACGUCUACAGAUCUAAAUGUGGGUGAGAUCCUGUAAGGAAAGGAUUASCUAGAAUUAUAUUUGUGAAUUUUCCCCGGAUUCAUAAUAAAAUGAGAUACAACCAAAUUACCCUCUUUUAUGUAACCACAUUGCAAAAGGUGCUACCAGCUCAGAAAAGAACAACUUUGACUUUGUCAAAGAAAUUAUUGGCCUGAGUGAGUGGAUGACACACUUACAUUCAUGAGGGYAAAAAAGGGAGAGUUAGUAAAGCAAAUAUUGAUCUAUUGGUAUUUACACUGCCUGCGUAUGGUUACUGAGGCUGCAUUUGACUUGCCACAGGUGAUGCAUGAAAAAGUGCUCCGCCUCUGCAGAGAAUGGGAUGUAAAUAGCAAAGCRAGGGCUAUCAUUUUACACUUGAUCCUUUGGGCAGAGGUGUAGUCAUCAGAUCACAGCAGCUCUUUCACUAUGAAAACCAGACAGCUCCAGUCAGCUGAGGUGCGCUGACAAUAUAAUUUCAAAGGAUCAGUCAACUAGCUUUUGCUGCCAUUUUUAUUUCUCAGCUAUGCCUAUUGCAGAACUUUUGGGAGUCCAGUUUGACAUGCAGCUGCUGUUGAAACUGGGUGUUUCUGUGGCUACAGUGCUGCUCCUGUCUUGGGCCUACAGGUUCUACAGCUCCAGGAAUGGGAGGGAAAUACAACCCUGUGGCAAAGAAAUACAAAAACAUGCAUGCCAAAACUGCAAGAAGACACUACAGCAUCAAAGCUUACAAGAACAAGACAAGGAUGAUGAGGACAAGCGAGGCUCGGCUACAGACUUGACAUCUGACAGCAACAAGCAAAUAAUUGCAGAAACUCUAGGCCAAGCUGAACGGAGUGAGAAGGCAUGUGUUUCUAAAAGUGAUGAAGAUAAACAUGUGGAAGAGGAAAUACUACUUCAUCAGAAUCAGCCAAUGGAUUCCAACGACAAUAUUUCACUUAGAUCUGCUUUGAGCCUUCAUGAUCCAAGAGAAAAUAAGAUGGCCACUCCAAAAGGACGCCGUUCCCCGUGCUUUUUGAAGCUGGAGAGCGGUGUUGGUGUGGGCAGAGAGUUAAGGCAGGACUUGGAACACCAGGGGGUCUACUCCAGCUUCCUCUCAAAGGCAGAAAUAAAAGUGGAAGAUGCUAAAGUACUGCUGGAAGGAUCAGAAGACCAGAUCGUGCAUGGAAAGAUUUAUGAUUACUAUGUGGAGUCUUCUUCUCUUUCAAUUACAGAUUCAAAGAAUUUGCCAGGUCAGUAUGAGAGGAACAUUGAAUCAAAGCUGGAGUUUGGAAACCAUAACAGCAGCCCCACUGAAUUGCCUUCCUCUUUAAGCCCUAUCAUUAUGCGUGAUCUGGUUUCUCAACAAAGCACAAUUGAGGAUGCCUCCUUGGAAGGAAGCCUCAGGCUGAGACGCCCUGCAAGGACUACCCUCUUACGCAAGGAAAGCUAUCUUUCUGCAGCAGAAGAGUCGGCGCUUUCUAUCCCAUUUCAGAUUCCAAGAACCUCAUCUCCAGUGACUCACUCGACAGCAUCAAUAAGUGACAGGAUUAUCUCUCUGCAAACUUCGACAGAUAGCAAUGAGCAGAAAAUUAAGGAGACUAAUUCAGAGACAACAGCAGGGGCUCAGUUCUUACACCUGGCAGGAGACAUUUGCUCUGGUACUGAUCUUGAAAUUUUAAAACAUAAAAUUGAUUUAGGUAACUGUUUAGAGGUACUUUAUCUAGCCAAGAAAAAUGGCCAGAUGUCUGUACAGCAAGCAGCCUUAGGGGUCAUGUCAGACAACUACCUGCAGGUGCUCCGGGACCCCAACCUUUAUGGACGGCUAAUGGCUAAUGAGCGAGAACAAAUUUGGAAGCAGAGAAUGAGAGGAAGACAAUUUGUCAUUGUUGCAGAUAUGAACCCUGAAGACUUGUUGAGAAGCGCAGAGGGGCAGAGAGCAAACGCAGAACAGAGGAGCACAUCCAGUGCAAUGUACUAUUAUGACGACUACAAAGACUCCUGGCAUCCUCUCUGCCUGAUCCCGCAGGAGGUCGUCUCAAAAGCUUGCGCUGUGUGUACAAUGGAUAACUACUUGUUCGUGGCAGUGGGCUGCCAAGUCAAAGACAGAGAAGUGACACCCUCAAAGAGAGUGUUUUGCUACAAUCCUUUGACAUCCAUUUGGAAAGAGAUCAGUCCCAUGAAUGAAGCCAGGCCUCGCUGCAAACUGGCAGCACUGGAUGGAUAUCUAUAUGCUAUUGGCGGGGAGUGCCUUUCCUCAGUAGAACGCUACGAUCCACGACUGGACAGGUGGACAUUUGUGGCUCCGCUGCCAAACGAUACAUUUGCUGUUGCACAUCGUGUCACAGUGUGCAGUGGAGAACUUUUUGUUUCUGGAGGUACUCUUAGGUAUAUGCUACUACGCUACAACCCUAAAACUAACACCUGGAGGCCAAGUCUAAUGGUGGGCAGCAACGACCGAACCACAGACAUGGUUGCCGUAGGAAGAUUUCUCUAUCGGUUCGAUGUUAACCCUCUGCUGGGCCUCAGCGUGUACCGCUACCACACAGUCGCACGCCUAUGGUACGAAUGCAGUUCCAAACAAAUGCAUCAUUGCCCCACCUUCCACUGUGUGCCCUUGGAUGGCACAAUCUACUGCAUCAGUCGGCAUUUCACCAUGAAGUUUGAAGCCGAUGAGAUCUCACCUGGUUUUGCAGAUGAGGAGUUGAAUGUCCUCUCUGCAGCCAAGGGCAUACUGUUUCCCUUUGUCCUUUCUCUAUCUGAUCAAUGUCCUCGACAGACAAGUGUGUAAAAAAGUCCCGUUUUACUCAUUGAUAAGAUUAGAACGUUACUGAGUAUUUCUAGAGCAUACUGUACAUCCAGUUUGAAAUUGAGUGACUUUUUAUUCUCUUGCUUAGCUCAGCCCAAUGUCAAACAUUAAUGCACAUUUUUUAUUUCAUUGUUUGAGAUGUUGAUGAUGUACCCUCUCCAAAGCCAUAAAUACUAGUUUUAUAAAUAAUACUAUAAUGCACAAAGAGAUGUGUGUUUCAUACGCCACAUCCUUGACAAUAGAUAUAAAGAAUUAGACUGUUAAUGGUAGUCAUUUUCCUGUUUGCUUGUUGUUGUUGUUGUUGUUGUUGUUGUUGUUGUUUUUUCUGGGACUGCUGCCAUGCUAAUUCUUUGCUGCUUUGAUUUGCCACUCUUUACUUCCAUUGUGGUGGUUUUAUGUCCUCCCAGAUGCCUAACCUCUUCACUGCAAAAGAUAAUUCAUAAAUAAUUUCAGAGUAAAUGAGUUCAUUCAGAUCUCAUAUUCAGUGCUUGAGCAACAUAGUAAUAAUCUAUCAUUGCACUCCUUUGUGUAGGGCAUUAAUAUAACUUACGCAGCAGCUUAGUUAGAAGGCCAUUAUCUAAACUUGCUCUUUAAACAAUGACAGGGUGUAAAUGAGUAUGCCAUACAAUAUAAAUUGUUAGGUUUCUAAAGCAUUUGUUACUAAGUUCGAAACUCUCUGGGCUACGGAUUUGCUUUUGUUGUUCUCUUUUUUUGUUAUUUUUCUUUGUUUUUUUUGUUGUCCUUUAAUAGUAAUAAAAACAAAUGCAAAUGUUUUAAUCAUGAUUGAGUUGAUUGAUCCUUGUACCAAACAAAAAUAUGUCCUUUGUAGUCUUCUGUUCUGAAAACAUCAAAUAAAAAUACAAUUGUAUCUUUUGUU